AUGAUGGCCGGCGGGGCAGUACAGCAAAACGGGGUUUUCUUGAAUCCUCACCAUCACAAUCAACAGCCGCACAUGGAGUCGGAUCCCCCAGAUUCGCGUAAAAGACCGCUAGAGACCCCAACUGAGGCAAGCAGCACUAAACGCACAAACACGGGAGAGGAAGGUGAGUACUUCCUGAAGGUUCUGAUCCCCAGCUAUGCGGCCGGCUCCAUCAUCGGCAAGGGCGGACAGACCAUCGUCCAGCUGCAGAAAGAGACCGGCGCCACCAUCAAGCUGUCCAAAUCCAAAGACUUUUACCCUGGCACGACAGAGCGGGUGUGUCUGAUCCAGGGGACAGUGGAGGCUCUGAAUGGAGUCCAUAACUUCAUCGCUGAGAAGGUGCGGGAGAUGCCGCAGAGCAGCCAGAAAUCAGAACCGGUCAGCAUAAUGCAGCCACAGACCACCGUCAACCCUGACCGCAUCAAACAGGCCAAGCUGAUAGUACCAAACAGCACAGCAGGUCUGAUCAUUGGUAAAGGUGGAGCCACAGUCAAGGCCGUCAUGGAGCAGUCGGGCGCCUGGGUGCAGCUCUCCCAAAAACCAGAGGGCAUCAACCUGCAGGAGCGCGUGGUCACCAUUAGCGGAGAGCCCGAGCAGAACCGUAAAGCCGUGGAGAUCAUCGUUCAGAAGAUCCAAGAGGACCCCCAGAGCAGCAGCUGCCUCAACAUCAGCUACUCCAACAUCUCUGGCCCUGUGGCCAACUCCAACCCCACCGGCUCCCCCUACGCCAACUCAGCCGAGGUGAACCCCGCUGCUGCUGCUGCUGCCGCUGCCACAGCCUCCAGCCUCCUGGGUCAGGCCACCAUGCAGAGUAUGGGCGGCUUCCCCACCACCAUGGGUCCCAGCUUCUCAGGCAACGACCUCUUGACCAUCACCUCUGCCCUCAACACGUUAGCCAGCUACGGCUACAACACCAACUCCCUGGGCCUGGGGCUCAACCCCGCCGCAGCCUCAGGAGUCCUGGCCGCCGUAGCGGCUAGCGCUAACCCCGCCGCGGCUGCCGCUGCUAACCUCCUGGCGUCCUACGCCAGCGAUGCCUCCACCAGCGCAAGCCACCAGGCCGCCUCCCUGGGAGGUUUCACCCUGGGCUCGCUGGCCGCGGCCACGGGGGCCACCAACGGCUACCUGAGUGCCUCAUCCCCGCUGAUGGCACAAUCCCUGAUGGCCACUGAGAAGCAGAUGCAGGAGGGGGCCAAGGACGUGGUGGAGAUCGCUGUUCCCGAAAACCUGGUAGGAGCCAUCUUGGGGAAAGGAGGGAAAACACUAGUGGAGUACCAGGAGCUGACUGGAGCCCGGAUCCAGAUCUCCAAAAAGGGAGAGUUCAUUCCCGGCACCCGGAACCGUAAAGUUACGAUAACCGGCUCUCCGGCGUCAACGCAGGCAGCUCAGUAUCUGAUCAGCCAACGGAUCACGUAUGAGCAGGGUGUGCGCGCCACCAACCCACAGAAGGUGGGCUAGAAAAUGAGAAUGGAA